GUACCUGUAGUAGCUGUAGUAGCUGUAGUAGCUGUAGUAGCUGUAGUACCUGUAGUAGGUGUAGUAGCCGUAGUAGCUGUAGUACCUGUAGUAGCUGUAGUAGCCGUAGUAGCUGUAGUAGCUGUAGUACCUGUAGUACCCGUAGUACCUGUAGUACCUGUAGUAGGUGUAGUACCUGUAGUAGCUGUAGUAGCCGUAGUAGCUGUAGUACCUGUAGUACCUGUAGUACCUGUAGUAGGUGUAGUACCUGUAGUACCUGUAGUACUUGUAGUAGCCGUAGUAGCUGUAGUAGCUGUAGUACCUGUAGUAGCUGUAGUAGCUGUAGUAGGUGUGGUAGCUGUAGUAGCUGUAGUAGCUGUAGUAGCUGUAGUAGCCGUAGUAGCUGUAGUAGCUGUAGUACCUGUAGUAGCUGUAGUAGCUAUAGUACCUGUAGUACCCGUAGUACCUGUAGUAGCUGUAGUAGGUGUAGUACCUGUAGUAGCUGUAGUAGCUGUAGUAGCCGUAGUAGCGGUAGUAGCUGUAGUACCUGUAGUACCUGUAGUAGCUGCAGUAGCCGUAGUAGCUGUAGUAGCUGUGGUACCUGUAGUACCUGUAGUAGCUGUAGUAGCUGUAGUGGGUGGAGUAGUACCUGUGGUGGCUGUGGUACCUGUAGUAGCCGUAGUAGUUGUAGUAGCUGUGGUACCUGUAGUAGCUGUAGUAGCCGUAGUAGCUGUAGUAGCUGUAGUAGCUGUGGUGCCUGUAGUAGCCGUAGUAGCUGUACCUGUGGUACCUGUGGUGCCUGUGGUACCUGUAGUAGCUGUAGUAGCUGUGGUACCUGUGGUACCUGUAGUAGCUGUAGUGGCUGUACCUGUGGUACCUGUAGUAGCUGUAGUAGCUGUGGUACCUGUAGUAGGUGUAGUAGCCGUAGUAGCUGUAGUACCUGUAGUAGCUGUAGUAGCCGUAGUAGCUGUAGUAGCUGUAGUAGCUGUAGUGGCUGUAGUACCUGUAGUGCCCGUGGUGCCUGUGUAGUACCUGUAGUAGGUGUAGUUUUCUGUGGUAGCUGUGGUAGCCUGUAGUACCUGUAGUGGCUGUAGUGCCUGUGGUACCUGUGGUACCUGUAGUGGGUGUAGUACCUGUGGUGCCUGUAGUACCUGUGGUAGCCGUAGUAGCUGUAGUAGCUGUGGUACCUGUAGUGGCUGUAGUAGCUGUGGUUGCUGUGGCUGUGGUGGCUGUAGUAGCUGUAGUAGCCGUGGUGGCUGUGGUGGCUGUGGUACCUGUAGUAGCUGUAGUGGCUAUGGUGCCUGUAGUGCCCGUAGGUACCUGUAGUGGCUGUAGUGGGUUGUGGUACCUGUGGUGGCUGUGGUGGCUGUAGUAGCCGUGUUAGCGGUGAGUGGCUGUAGUACCUGUGGUACCUGUAGUAGCUGCAGUAGCCGUAGUAGCUGUAGUAGCUGUAGUACCUGUAGUACCUGUAGUAGCUGUAGUAGCUGUAGUAGGUGUAGUACCUGUGGUAGCUGUAGUACCUGUAGUAGCCGUAGUAGUUGUAGUAGCUGUAGUAGCUGUAGUAGCUGUAGUACCUGUGGUAGCUGUAGUAGCUGUAGUAGCCGUAGUAGCGAUAGUAGCUGUAGUACUUGUAGUACCUGUAGUACCUGUAGUAGCUGUAGUAGCCGUAGUACCUGUAGUAGCUGUAGUAGCCGUAGUAGCCGUAGUAGCUGUAGUACCUGUAGUAGGUGUAGUAGCCGUAGUAGCUGUAGUAGCUGUAGUAGCUGUAGUACCUGUAGUAGGUGUAGUACCUGUAGUAGCUGUAGUAGCUGUAGUAGCUGUAGUACCUGUAGUAGGUGUAGUAGCCGUAGUAGGUGUAGUACCUGUAGUAGCUGUAGUACCUGUAGUAGGUGUAGUACUGUAG